UGGUUCUAUAAUUGAACUUGUAAACAUGCCUUUCCCUAUGACUAACUUGUUAACAAGUUGCUUCUUAUAUAAAAGACCCAAGCAGAAUGGUUGGGCAGAUGCAGAUGUGGAAAUUAGCAGUUGCUGUAUUUGGCACUGUUCCUGUGGGGGAGAACACUGCAAAGGGAAAGUGUGCGAGGGCUGUGAGUGUUUCAGUACUCUUCAUGCGCCAUUAACUUUAAUGAUUUUCCAACAAUUUGGACUCGUCUGUAUCUGCGUCAUGAGGGAAGUUUCAUUCAAACAAUCUGUAUCUGCGUCUAUUGAAGUCAACGACACUGCAUUGUCUCAGCAGCUUGUAGUGGGCUAGGAAUCUCAGCUUGUAGAGACAGAUGUUCCUCCUAAUGCUUCCUGACCCUAAUAAUUCAGGUUGAAGAAGCAGAAACCAGCUCCGUAGUGUAGUAGUGAUGCAAUUGUCUGCUGUUUAUUUGUUUGAUAUAUUAUUCAAUCUUGUAUCUGUUAUACUUAUUUACACAAUAUUUCAAUGGGAGUUGAGUCUUUAAGAAGCA